AUGUUCUUCCAUGUUUUCUUCGCUCUGGUCACCUUGGCCUACAGCUCUCUACUAGCCUGCGCGUCAUCCUACCUGGAUCCUUCCGACCAUUCUCUGUACCGCCGUAACUCUACCGGGUUGACCGAUGAAGUUACUUGGGACCCCCACAGUCUCUCCAUUCUCGGGCAACGCGUGUUCAUACUUUCUGCUGAGAUACACCCUUGGCGUCAGCCGAAUCCUGAUCUCUGGGCCGACGUGUUCCAGAAGGUGAAGGCAAAUGGGUUCAACACCGUGUCUUUCUACGUGAACUGGGCGCUGCACUUUCCGACUCCUGAUACAAACGGAACGAAUGGCGAUUGGCAGGAAGGUACGACGAGAGACUUGCAGAGGUUCAUUAGCGAUGCAGCGGAUGCGGGGUUGUGGAUGAUAGCGAGGCCUGGCCCGUAUAUAAAUGCGGAGACCACGGGUGGAGGGUUUCCGGGAUGGGUCGCAACGAAUGUACCUGGCAGCUUGAGGACCGACGACGUCAAUUAUACCCAAGCCUGGAAACCGUACAUAACUGCCGUCUCGAAGAUCUUAGCACAAAACCAGAUCACGAACGGAGGGAACAUCAUCCUGGUCCAGGCAGAGAAUGAAUUCACCGCCGGCACCGGAAGAAGUGAUUACAUGCAGGACGUGAUCAACACGUUCAGAGAGAACGGCAUUGUUGUUCCUUUGACGUUCAAUGAUCAGCAUUCUGGCACUACAGGAAACUUCAGUCCUGACCUAGGCGGCAAUGGCACAGUGAAUAUCUAUUGCGGAGAUUCUUAUCCUCAGUCGACCGGGCAUAGCUGGGCAGUGGUCCAGACUAUCUACCUCUCCGGGCACAAAGCGGUCGCUCCGAGCAACCCGUUGUGUCUAGCUGAGUUUGGUGGGGGCUUCCUCCUGAGCUGGGCGUCUGGAACCAGGAACGGCACAGGAUACGAGAAUCUCGAGAUCGGUCAAUACAACGCACAAAUGGAGACCGUGUUUUACAAGGAGAACUACGCGGAGACCGCUACUAUAUUGAGUAUCUACAUGACCUUUGGAGGAACCAACGUCGGCCAAACUGGGGAACCUACGGUGUACUCUAGCUAUGAUUAUGGUGCAGGUAUCAACGAGAACAGGGUGACAACCCCGAAAAUGAAUGAGAUGAGACUUCAAGGAUUGUUUCUACGCGCCUCUCGUGACUUCCUUGGAGCCAUUCAAAUCAGUAACGGGACAAACUACACCACGUCCACCUUGGUACAUACCUCCGAAGUGAGAAAUCUGGACACCGGAGCUGCAUUCUAUGUUAUUAGGCAUAAUGACAGCACAUCUACGGCCUUGACCACGACGCAAAUAAAUAUCACAACAUCCGAUGGUUCGAUGUUGGUACCCAGUCAAGGAGCCAUCACUUUGAAUGGGAGAGAUAGUAAGAUUCUCGUGACAGACUAUGUCUUCGGUACUAGUAAGACAACGAUAUUGUACUCUACCGCCGAGGUCAUGACUUGGACUACCAUCGAUGGGACGGACUUUGUUAUCAUCUACGCUGGUAUCACUGAACUGGGAGAGACAGCCUUCAAAUUCGCUUCGCAGCCUUCCGUUUCUGUGGCCUCAAGCGCUCAAAACGUCACUUCGACGUUUACAAACGGGACUCUCACCCUCAACUACGAGCUUCAAGGGUCGCAAUACGUCAGCAUCAAUGGGAACGGGACGAAUAUCACUGUCGUGUUGUUGGACAAGAACACAGCAACAACAUGGCAUGCACCUGUCAUCCCGGGUACGGGAGCGUUUGGACAGUUCUUCUCAGUUGGAUCGAAUGAAACCGUCCUUGUUAAUGGUCCAUAUCUAGUCCGAAACGCCAGCGUCUCAGGGCCUACACUUUCAUUGACCGGAGAUCUUAACGAAACGACUAGCCUGGAGUUCUUUGCUCCCUCUUCAGUUUCUGCGCUCACUUGGAAUGGCAACAAUGUUGACAUCACAAAAACGUCUCUCGGGUCGUUCACUGCCACCCUCGAGAGUGUAUCUGCACCGGCGCUGCCAUCCUUGGGCCCUUGGACAGUCUCUGGAAGCCUCCCAGAAAUAGCCAGAGACUUCGAUGACUCGAAUUUCACUACAGCUGAUCAAACGACCACUAAUUACACGAAUUUACCACCUCUAUCCGGGCCUGAAGUUCUCUACUCGCAGCAAUACGGGUUCUACGGUGGCAAUCUGAUCUGGCGUGGUCACUUCAAUGCAUCUGGGUCCGAGACUACGGUCAACCUUCGCGUCAUGGGUGGUUUCUGGUUCGGGUACUCUGCAUUCCUGAAUGGUGUGUUCCUUGGAUCGAGUCAAGGCAACAUCACUGUGAGCGAGACCGUGAAUACAUGGAGCAUUCCCAAUGGUACACUCGUGGCGGAAGAGGACAAUGUGCUUGUUGUGCUUCAAGACCACAUGGGUAUCGUGGAGACAAGCACCAACAGUGGCAAAGAGCCUCGUGGAAUCCGGCUCGCAACUAUCACUGGUCCAGGCAGCAAUGCCACCUUCACCUCUUGGAAGCUUCAAGGAAAUCUUGGAGGUGCCGCCAACGCUCCAGACAGCGUCAGGGGAUACCUCAACGAAGGGGGUUUAUACGCGGAGAGGAUUGGUGCCCACCUGCCAGGCUUCGACGACUCUAAAUGGUCCACGGGUACGCCGCUGGCCAGUGGAGGGGUCUCUACGGCAGGCGUGAACUUCUUCAGGACAACGUUCGACAUGCCAUUAGCAUCAGACGUAGAUGCCCCCGUGCGUUUGUCGAUCUCGCCUAGUGAUAUCACACAGAACUACCGCGUUCAGAUCUACUUGAACGGGUAUCAGCUUGGCAAGUAUAUCAACAACUUUGGUCCCCAAACGAUGUUCGUUCUCCCUUCCGGAAUAUUGAAGCGUUCGUCCACGAAUACGCUCGCGCUCUCUUUAUGGAGCUUAGACGCCUCUGGAGCAUCGUUGGCCGGCGUCGAGCUUGUCACGGAUGGAACGUUCUCUACCGCCUUGAAUUUGGUCGAUAACGAUCUCGCGCCAGAUUAUGAGGAGCAGGUUGCUUCGAGGCCGACAGACUUGCUCGUUUCACCCAUGUGAAGUGCACUUGUAUGGGUUUAUUUAAAAGAAUGUUGGACUACUAGCUGAAGUUGAGGUGAAGGCAGGCGAUGUGGUUUAUUGUCCACUAUGUUCAUAUUAUUGAUUGAGUGCAUC